UAACUGUGUGUGUGUGUGUGUGUGUUGUGGCAGUGAACGGUACACGAACGGCGGCUUCUGCUGUCUGCUGUCGGCUUGUCGUCUGUCACUGCCGCCUGCUGCUGCUCGCCAUGGCUCUGCUGAGGGUGGGGCGGGCUGUGUGUCCCCGCCUGGCGCUGGUGAACACAGAGAGCCGUGCAUGGGUGAGCUCAUUGGAAGAGGUGAGGAGGAUCAAUGGCAGAGAGGAAGCAGUGGUGAUGACUGAUGACAGCAAGACUAUUGUGUGUUGGCACCCCCAGCCAGACAUCCCUUAUGAGAUGACAAAGCCAUUGCCCGAAGCUCCCACAGUAGAUUCAGUGUUGAAGGUGCAAGCACAGGACACUAAGAAGCUGUUCAAGAACAAGCAUCCAUUCUUUGUGAACAAGGCACUAAGAGAGCUGACAUUCACCACUAAACACUUGUGGUUUCCAAAACCACAGAAACGAUUUGCCAAGAAGAAUCCUCCUCGAGACCGAGAAUAUUUAUAGGAUUUUAAGUGUAUUUUCAAUGUAAAUAGUAUGCAAUAAAUUUGUACUGUACA